AAUUUGAAACAUUUGUUUCUGAGUCGCACUGUUAGCAUAAUAACUUAAUAAUUAUGUGGCAAUAUACGUUGGUGAUGUUUUUGUAUAUAACAACAACAUAUUGUAAGGCAUCCAAAGUCUCAGAAACUGAUACGGUGAUUAAUACAGCUUCAGGCAAAUUAUUAGGAAUAAAUGGAAAUUUGACUCCACAACAAAUUAUUUACGUCUAUGGUCCGCAACAAUGGAAAACACAAAAUGGUGUCAAUCUCAUAGAAAAAGCAGAAAACGAUUUUCUCAUCACACCUGGCAUUGGUGCUCAUAAAUUUCAUAAUCGCAAAUUGCCAUGGUACAAGGCUCGUAAAAUUUGCAUCCAAGAAGGAGGUCACUUGGCUAUCAUUAACUCCAAUUCAGAGGAAAAAAUUCUGCUUCGCUUGUUGGAUGAGAAUAAAGAAACUCAGGGAUGGCUUGGUAUACACGAUAUAUACGAUGAGGGCGAUUGGAGCACAAUUAUGGAUGAACCGUUGGAAACUGCAGGUUAUUCAAAGUGGAUACCUAAUCAGCCUGACAAUUAUAACGGGGAACAGCAUUGCGGAAUCCUUGUAAAGGACGGUGGAAUAGAUGAUCUCGAGUGCUCCACGGCAAACGUUUUCUUCUGCGAAAUUAACUUCUGAAUCAGCGAAUCCUCAUAAAUCAUAAAUAUGAGAUCGUAAUCGAACACUAUAACAUGUUUCGUAGUAUUGUUCAUCUCUGAAAAUAAUUAGCAGUAUAAAAAAAUCUUAUAAUCUCUUUCGUCGCGAUAUUAAUCUACUUCAUUCAUCAUGAAAUACAAUUGACAUAUUUCCAUUGUUACUGAAGUUGUAUCGCAUACCGUUACGAUUUAUUAAAGAUUAUAAUUAAUAGAUGAUUAUACGCUAUGUUAUUAAGAUUAAAAUUAAUAAUUUUUAAUGACAAUGCAAACGUGUAAAUUGUGUGUUUGUGAUUAAUCGAGUUAAUAAAUUAAUAUUGCGAUGAAAGAAAUGAGGUCACAAGAUUUAUUUUUAUACUAACGAUUAUUUCUAAGAACGUUGAAUAUUAUCAUAAAAUAUAUAUA